CAGGCUUUAGCAGGAGCUUCAGGUCAAUGAAUGCAGUCCGGUAUUUCCUUGAAAAUUUUUCUCUCUCUCCCCACACGUCCAGGUAGUUGUGGUCCCCUAUGCUCAUGCUAAUUGCCUGACUCACCUGCCGGUGACUCAGGCACUCUCCUUUAAAGCAGCUGUGGGUCCAGAGCAGCGUGAGUGCUCAGGGCGGAAGCCAUGGCUCCCGGAUUCCACUUCUGGGUCCUGGUCUGCUGGUCAGUGCUAACUAUGGCAGAAGGACAAGGUGUCGUGACCCCUCCUGGUGGCUCGCCAAACAAUGGGAACCCUACAGACUGUCAAAUCUUCACACUCACCCCUCCGCCCACAACAGGGAGGCCUACAGUAACAAGGGCCCAACUCAACCCAAGGAUGCCCCUGUGGACUUGGACUUAUUUUCUGCAAAGGCCUGGCUUCUACCCGAGGCUUCCUAACAGACCUUCUCUCCUUCCAAACUACAACUACGGCUUCCAGUUAAAUCGUUUCUACCUGCCACAAGGUAGGCUGAUUACUGGGCGGUACCUCGGAGGAGGACGGUUCCAGAGCGGAAGUUCAUCUGAGGAAAGCAUGGAGAAAUGAGAAGCCCAAACACACGGAAGCAAAAGAAUCGACGCCUCUGAAAAAGACGGUGAAACUGUUUCUCUCUCCAGUCUAAAAUCCCCGCAUUAGAAGACUAAGAAUCCUCGGUACCAUUGACUAGACAUUUGUCCACAAUGAAGAGAUUAACAUUUUUGUUAACAAAAUCUGACAGUAACUGGAUAUUCUUAUCCCAUGGGAUAUUAACACAAAUAAAAUCUUUAAAUGGGCUGUUCCAAUCACUUCUAUCUAUACUUAGACACCAGCAGUAUUAAUUGACCCCCUCUUCCAUAUUAGAGUGGAGGACAUUUUAAAGAGAACAUGAUGAGCCGAAUGUAGAAAUUAAUGCCACUCUUUCAUACUCGCUGGGAAACAGAGAAUAGGUGGAUCCACAAAGUGAACUUUAAAGGAAAUUAUGAAGCUUAAAGCGAAAGGCCUUCCGGAGAAUAUGACUCUAGGUCACACUGUAAUUGUACGCUGAACUAUCAAACUCGAAUCAUUUGCACAAAACCAUCCUAACUUUAACAUUAACUAGUGUACUAACUUGAUAAACACUUCACUGUUUCUCCUAUAAUCAUCGCAUAGACAAAUGAGACAUCACACAGGUAAAAUGAAAUACUUCCCUUCAAACUCAACAUGGUUCCAAUCAAACACUUAGUUUUACAAUACCCGGAUGUUAGUUAAUGCCAACUCAACUGUGGGGACCUUGCACUCUCAGGUGAAUGACAAACUCACCUCUGUGUGCCUGACCUCUAGAAAGCCCCACCUCUUGCCUGUGUCACGGGAACCUGGGUUCUGUGCGCGUGGCCAGUGGCUUCCCUGUGUUCUCAAGAACUGUGUGCGAAUGAUGCCGUCACUGCUGCUGCAAGGGGAAACAAACUAUACUACCACAAAUGCAUGAACUCUGGAAAUGGACAUCCAGGACAAGGACAGGAUCAUCACGCCAGCCGCUUCCUCCUUGUCACAUGAUGAAAGGGGAAACGGAGUGUAAGAGCGGAUGUUUCCUCCAAACUUCUAGGCUUAAACCCGAUCUGAGUCCUCAAGAAACUCUAUUUUGAAAUAAACUUCACAUGUUCUCUCUGUGUGGAGAAGAGGAAAACCAACCAGAAAAGACCACACUUGGGCAAAGAAAGAUGAAGAUUUGGAUUUCCAUCCCAUGUCUCUUCCUGGCCCUUCAUGGCCACCUAUGUGCUUGGCACACUCACAGCCCCCACUGGCUUAAACCAACCCGGGUUUAGAUUGGAGCUUUCUUGCUCCAAACAUUAGAACUUUUGCAAUUAAAACAGUCAACAGUCCUGGGCCUGAGAGAUGGCCCAGCAGGCAACGGUACUUGCUACAGAAGCCUGGCGGCUUAAGUUUGAUGGCACAGAGCUCACAGGAGGCUGAGGAGGGAACUGGCUGCACUAAGUUGUCUUCGGACCUCUGUGCGGAUGCUGUAGCACAGCAACACACGCACUUCCCACACAUACAACAGUAACCAAUACGAGUUUACAAUUGGGCAGUUCUGAAACCUAGUUUCUUUGUUUAUUUUAUUUAUUUAUUUAUUAUGUAUACAAUGUUCUGCCUGUGUGUGUCCCUGCAGACAGAAGUUGGCACCAGAUCUUAUUACAGGUGGUUUUGAGCCAUGUGGUUGCUGGGAAUUGAACUCAGGACCUCUGGAAGAGCAGUCAAUGCUCUUAACCACUGAGCCAUCUCUCCAGCCCCUUGAAAUCUAGUUUCUUACAAGGCCACAUCAGGCGGUACGUAAGUCUCCGGUGACACAGCAAUGAUGGGUGACAGCUACAACGUGUCAACCAUUGGGUCUGUUGCUGAAAGCGGGUUAAUAGUGUAGAGUUUGACAGAAAGUUCUGCAGCUAACUUGAGGUAAAGCAC